AUGGUUAGUAAACUUGAACUAUCAACAACUAUAGCAGCAGCUGUUUAUGUUCUUAUAGGAUUUUUUUUAAUCGUUGCAUCAAUUGUAUUUACAAAAGAUAUUAAUGCAUUUGCUAGAUCAGCUGAAGGAAAAGAUGGUGAUUUAACUUUGUAUUUUACAAAAGCAUCGUGUGUAUAUCUUAUUGUUGCUGGUGCAAUUUGUAUGUUAAGUGGUUCAUUAGGAAUGGUUGGUGCUCUUUUAGAAAAACAAUGGAGUAUGAUGCUUUAUUUUAUGACACUAAUAGUAUCACUAAUAACAUGGUUUGUAUUAGAAGGUGUUUUUGGAAUGAUUACAUUUGGUCUAACUGCUGCUUCAGAAGCAACAAUGUCAUCAACUAUUGCAACAUGGGAAUUAAGGUUCCAUUGUUGUGGAUGGAAAACUCUCCCAGCUGAUGCAUCAAAAUGUGCUUAUCCUGCAGCAUUUUCACAAGGACAUACUUGUAUUCAAGAAUUUAAUUCUAUUUGGAAUUUGUCUAUUGCUGGAUUUGCUGUUGUAGCUGCAUUUUCUAUUUUUGCUAUUGUUCAAAUGGUUCUUGCUUGUACUCUUUAUCGUUAUUUAGAUAACCUUUUCAGAUAUUCAUAUUUGAAUAAUCAACAUGGAGAUAACAAAGACGAAUAA